AUGGCGGAGAACGGCACCACCAUCCCCAACACCUCGGGCGAGGAGUCCUUUGCUGAGAGCAAGGGCAAGGGCAAGGCCGUCGCCGAGGACGUUCCUCAGGACCACGCUAUGGACGAGGAUGAGGACGAGGAUGAUGACGACGAGGAGGAGGACGACGAGGAAGACAACGCUGGUGGUGACGAUGAGGACGGCAUGGAGGAGAUUGACCUCAACAACAUCGUCGAGGGCGGUCGCCGCACCCGAGGCGCCAAGAUCGACUUCGCAAAGGCGGCCGAGGAGAACCCCGCCGAUGACGAGGACGAGGAGGACGACGACGACUUUGAGCCUCCCGCCGACGACACCGAGAUGACGGGCUAA